UGGACAGCCUUGUGUCCCUCAGUCCCUGCUGAGAGUCAUACAAUGAUUCUGCGCCGCUAGGGGACCGCGCGCCUUUCUCCUCAGUUCAGGGAGGGGACACCAGCGGUCAGCGGAGACCGAAGGAUCCUUUGGAGAGCUCCUGUCCCCUGGAAACGCCAUGGAGACCUCCAACGGCGUGCCGAGCACUGACGCGUCCACCGCCGCGCUCAUGCAACUUCUGAACUUCACAGAGGAUCCAGUCAGCUUCUCGGAGAGUCCUUCCAUGGCAGGGUUGCGGGCCACAGAAGAGCCGCUUUCACUUGUGCUCAGCAGCUUCAGGACUGAUGUGGCUCCAGCGGGGCUCCUGGCGGGUCCGUUCUCGCCCACUGAAGAGCCCACUCACCUGAUUGUGGCUUUCUGGGAUUCACCCUUGAGUCACGGGAUUAACGUGUUUGUUGGCUUUGUCCUGUGCUUCACCAUGCUGGGGCUGGGCUGCACGGUGGAGCUCAGUCAGCUGGGCGAGCACAUCCGAAAGCCCAUAGGAGUCCUGCUGGCGGUGGUGUGCCAGUUUGUCCUCAUGCCCCUCAUCGCCUUCCUCCUGGCUCUGGCCUUCUCCCUCAACGAUGUGGCCGCUAUGGCCGUGCUGCUGUGCGGCUGCUGCCCUGGAGGAAACCUCUCCAACAUCUUGUCACUGCUGGUCAACGGAGAGAUGAACCUCAGCAUCAUCAUGACCAUCUCAUCCACUAUUCUGGCUCUCGUUCUCAUGCCGCUGUGUCUGUGGAUGUACAGUCGCGCGUGGAUCAACACACCCGUGGUGAACCUUCUGCCCUUCGGUGCGAUCAUUCUCACCCUCUGCAGCACUCUCAUUCCCAUCGGGUUCGGGGUCUGGCUUAGAUACCGCUAUACUCGAGUGGCUGAAAUCAUCAUCAAGGUGUCUCUGUGGUCUCUCCUGGUCACUCUGCUGAUGCUCUUCAUCAUGACUGGAACUAUGCUGGGUCCGGAGCUGCUGGCCACCAUCCCUGCCUCCGUCUACCUGGUGGCCGUACUCAUGCCCAUGACUGGCUAUGCGGCAGGAUACGGCCUUGCAACGCUCUUUGAUCUCCCCCCCAACAGUCGGAGGACUGUGUCUUUAGAGACCGGCUGUCAGAACGUACAGCUCUGCACGGCCAUCCUGAAGCUGGCAUUCCCUCCACAGCUGAUGGGAGGCAUGUAUAUGUUUCCUCUGCUGUACGCGCUCUUCCAGGCAGCAGAGGCUGGCAUCUUCAUUCUGGCUUACCGCAUGUACAGGAAAGAGGUAUUGCACAAACAGGAACUCAUGGAGGAUGAUGACGAUGAUACAAACAUAUCCUACAAGAGAAUGAAGGAAGAAGACGUGCCGUUUGAUUCUACGUAUGGUGCGGUAACAGUGAGCGACCUCAAUGUCAUCGUGUUGGAGUCACAGGAUGGUGCUGGAAGCCCCACACCUGUAUAAGGGAACAAAAACAACUAACUUGAGAGUUACUACAGACACUGGACCUGCAUAUUUACAUUAGGAUUUAUUCAUGCUAUCACUCACUGACUGUUGAAUUUCUUACUAAUCACCCACAGCAUUAUAACUAAUAUGUGCCAAAAGUGACUGUGAAAAUGGAAACUAAUAUCAUGACAUCACACGGUGGCGAUACUAAAGUUGACAACAUUAAAGCUUUAUAUAAACACAC